AUGUCAGGACAUGUAAUGGAGGAAUGUGUAGUUCACGGUACGUUAGCGGCAGUAUUGCGUUUAAUGGGCGUAGUGGGAAUGAUGCCCGUGCGAUUGGUGUCACUCUCAGGCGCAUUCGUUGUUCGCUAUUCUUUCGCAAAAGACGUCAUUGCUCGUUUGUUUUAUAGUUGUUUCUGUCUCCUGCUGUUGACAUGGGAAUUGGUAUAUCUCGUCCCUAAAAUUUUGUCCAAGAACAAUACUUCACAGAAACGCCUAAUCUUUUUGUUAUCAAUCAUUGGUGUAAUUGUUCGGAUGGCACUCAUAUUUUUUGCAGUUUUAAAGGGAUACCAACGGACAAAUAACUUAUGUAGAAAUCUCAAUAAAAUUCAAAAGCUUAACAUCGAAGGCGUUAAUGAUGCCGCAGUUGCUAACAUAGAAAAAAGAAGAUUUAAAUUAUUUAUUAUUCUUUUAGUAAUGUCACCGGUAAUUGUUAUUGCUGAAUUUAUAAUAGGUGGGGAACGCAUUACGCAUGUUAAAAAUUUCCACUUUUUAAUCAUCAGGAAAAACAUGUAUCAGUUUGCAUAUUUUGUAAUAUUAACAUUGCAAGCGCAAUUCUCGUUCACAAUACUCAGCGUGCACACCGCGCUUCAGGCAGUCAACCGUCGUCUUGGGAAGUUGUUAACAGAUUUCAAAAAAAACCAGGAAAGAAGCAAUGAAAGAGCGCAUAAGACUCUCAGACAAUUGGCAACAUCGUAUAGCACUCUCUGUGAUGUUAUGAGGACUUUGGAUAAGGAGAAUGGAUUGAUUAUUUUACUGUCAUUUAUCUCAAUGUUGGUGUACGCUGUACAAUGUAUAUUCUUCCUAGUCGUCUUUUGGAGUGUAAAUCCUUUCACGAACUUGCCUUAUACAGGAAUCGAGUUGGAAAAAUUAAACUUAAAUAGAAUAAUGCAAUGUUGUCAUUGUUUACAUAUAUUCAUAAAAAUAAUGUUUUUACUUGAGCCCUGUCAAUGGACAUAUAAUGAGAUGGAGGUGACAAGGCUGUUUGUGACCAGAUUGACGCACUACACGCCAACUACUAGCGGGCCAAUAGUCAAUGAGCUGGAGAUGUUCUAUCGUCUUGUCUUCACAAACAUUCCCUCGUACUCGCCAUUUCAAUUGUUUACUCUAAGGCGAUCAAUUAUACUGGAGUUGUCGGGAGCACUUACUACAUGGUUGCUUGUCGUUUUACGUGAUAAAAGCCCAUAA